AUGAGACCUACAAGAGUGCUCAGAGCGGCAAGAGCUGCAGGGGGUGUUGUUCCCGUUGGUGAGAAAUACACAGUCCAAUCGUAUGGUAUAUGGGAAAAGCUUCGGCGUCUCCUCUCUGUCGACCCAAAUCGCUCCACCGGUAUUCCCAUCAACGCCCAGUUCCGAAACCCCACCCCCGGAGCCCUUCCACCACAAUCGUACACCGACCCGGUAACCAUUCCUGCUGGCGAUAUCGCAGAUAAUCCAUAUUGGAAACGAGAUGCGAGAAGGAACUACCCACAGCCUAGUGUGUUAAGCCAGGCCGAUGUUGUCGGACUCCUCGCGGUGGGAAGCAAAGCCGAACCGAACGAACAGGCACUUCUUCCCGGCGAUGCUGGCAAGCAGCAAUUGGUCGAGAUUAAACAGGAGGGUGAAGAACGUGGCCUGGCGGCAUUCUUCUCCGAGAAAGGAAACAGCCCCGCGCGUGUAUUAGGCCCUAAUGGACUUCCUCCAUUCCCGGCCAACCUCAAUCGCAGUGCGAGAUAUCCCAAGGGUGAAGAACAAGCAUAUCCAUCCAAAUAUCCGUGCCGAACUUUCGUAUAA